AUGAACUUUUUCAGGUGCUGGAUAGAAGGAAUUGACACCAACGAAGUUGCAGCUGCCUGGAAUUCUUCAGAAAUAUUAGCAGCAAUACCUAAAUCAGCCACAGGCGGUCUUCACAAUUGUUUAAUGUAUAAUGAUUUUAACGAAACAACUACAUGUGAUAGAUGGGUUUUCGAUACAACGUACAGGACGUCAUCUCGUGCAAUUGAUUGGAAUCUUGUAUGUAACCAAAGAUGGAAAGCAGCUUUAGCUCAAACCGUGUAUAUGUUAGGUGUAUUCACUGGAGCCGUAUAUCUCGGAAGAUUAGCAGAUAAAGUUGGCAGAAAAACAGUGUUUUGUUGGUCAGGCGCUCUUCAGUUAAUUCUAGGAGUAACGGUUUCCUUUAUUCCCGAAUAUUGGUCAUUUUUAGUUGUGACAUUUUUUUAUGCAAUCUUUGGUUCUGCCGGUGCAUAUAUUCCAGCAUUUGUUCUGACUAUGGAACUUGUCGGACCAAGCAAGAGAACCGCUUGCGGAAUAUCUUUUCAAUGUGCCUUUGCAGUUGGUAUAAUGUUAGUAGCUGGAUGGGGAGCACUAAUAGACGACAGAAAAAUCCUCCAAGCUGUUUAUGGCUUACACGGUUUACUUCUUAUACCUCAUAUUUGGAUAAUGGACGAAUCACCGCGAUGGCUAUGGGCCCAAGGAAGGCCGAAAGAAGCGGUAGAUAUUGUCCAAAAAGCUUUAAAAUUCAACAAAUCUGAUGAAGUACUAGAUAGAGCUGUUCUUGUUUCUAAAGGAAAAAUUGAAUCAUCUAAAACAACUGAAGAGCCAUCAGUGAGCACUUUAGAUCUGUUUAAAACACCUAAUUUACGAAACAAAACUCUUAAUAUUUGUUUGUGUUACUUCGCAAAUUCUUUGGUUUAUUAUGGACUAACACUUAGUACCGGUAAAUUAGAAGGCAAUCCUUACCUCAUUACGGCUGUCUUUGGUUUAGUAGAAUUUCCUAGUUAUGCCGCUGUUAUGUAUUUUCUUGACAUUUGGGGUCGGAGACUACUUAUGACCUCUAUGAUGAUAGUUGGUGGUACCGCAUGUAUUAUAGCUGCUUUUAUGCCACCUGGAACUAUUAUAUCUACGAUAAUCGUUAUAGCAGGGAAGCUAUUUAUUGCUGGUUCUUUCGCUAUAAUAUAUAACUAUUCUGCAGAAUUAUUCCCUACCGUAGUUCGUAACACAGGAAUUGGUUUAGGUGCAAUGUGUGCCAGGUUGUCCGGAGCAUUAACACCUUUAAUUACGUUACUUGAUUCAUUCGAUCCUAAAAUUCCCUCAGUCAUAUUCGGAUUAGUGGCUCUUGUAUCCGGAUUCUUAUGUUGUUUUCUACCCGAAACUAUGAAUCAACCGAUGCCGCAAUCUAUAUCUGAUGGAGAAAAUUAUGGUAAAGGGGACACAUGCUUUACGAGUUGUUUAGGCAAAAAAGAAAAUGAUGAACCUUAUACCGAUGAGGAUAAAGCCGCUGCCGCUGAAUCGAUGGUACCUUUAGAUGAUAUAAAUAAAAAAGUUUGAGUGUUGUAACAUAUACUACGUUUACGUUGUUAUAAAAAAAAGGAGAAGAAUUAGGUAGGUAAAAAAAUAAUCCGUCCAAUGGAUAGAACUGCCAAGUAUGCAGACGCACUGGUUACAGUAGCAAUGGUUUAAGUGUUAGUAAUGGAACUAAAAAGACAAUAACAAAUAUUUUAAAGCACAAUUGUCAUUAAUAUAGUAAGAUAAUAUCAUAUAUUACAUAUACAGGUAUUUUUAUGAAUACAUCUUACACAUUUUUAA